GACGUUCACUUGGUGCUUUGUCUCCUGGGGUAGCUGUUCUAAGCUCUGCAGGGAGUGCCAGGCUCUGUUCUCCAGCUGAGUUUGGCUGAUCCUGCUGCAAGGGAUGACUGGAAUGUCCAUGGUUCUGCUGGCAUUGCUUGCAGAUCAGGGAUGAGCCAGCUGGGUUGUCCUGCAGAGGGACAGGAAUCACGGCUGGGUGCUUCUCACAGCAGCCACGUCAGGAUCUUGCUGCUGCUGUUGAACUGAGCUGUGGAAUUGCUUUAUCCGUGCUGGGAUGUGUUUGUGUAACCCCUGCUGCUGGAGGGAGAUGUGGGAAAGGGGCCCUGGGACGGGGGCCGUGGGAGAGUCACUGGGUCUCUGGAGUGUGCACGGCCCGUGGAACAGCCGAGGGUUUGUUUGUGUGUUCUGCUGCACCUCUGCUCCUCGGGGUUGGGGGUCUGGGACUGUGGGGGAGCAGGGCUGCAUCUGCUCUGGGGAUCAAGGCAGCUCUGUGUUUGUUCCUGGAGGGAGCUGGCUUAUCCUGCAGGGAGCUGGGUGUGCUCAGGGUCUGGCGGCUGCUUCUCCACGGGGGGGUCGGGAUAGAGCAGCUUAAAGGCCAAGCUGCAAAGCCGGCCUACUUCUGUGGUUUAAGCUACAGUUUAAGUGCAGGGGGAUGGAAGAUCUAGGAAACAGCAUAAACUACAAAGCCUUGCUCCUCCAUAGCUGGAAAAAAGAAUUCUCAGCUGAUGGUUUUGGUUCCCUGGCCUCGGUAUGAAACCAGUUCUGCAGCUGCUGCUCCAAGCAGGGAUGGCUGGAGCACCUGGGUUUCAGAGGCUGAAGUCUCUGCUGCACCUCUGUCCUCGAGGAAAGCUGCCAGACUUUUUGGGUGGAACAUUUUGGAGAGGCAGCAAAGGGCUGGUGUAGCUCGGAGCCUGUGUGCCAUCAGGUCGUGUGGCAGGGUCAGCUUUGCAUUCCCUGUGACACACUGGGGCGCUGCAGGGACAAAGUGCAGCCAUUCCUGCCUCUGGCUGUGUUUGUCACCAAGGAGGGGACAGCCAGUUCUGCAGCCUGAGGGAUCCCAAAGGAUCAGCUCUUCCCUGCUGGGUCCUGACUCCAGCAGUUGUGCCUAAAACUUCCAUUUGACUUCUGAACACUUCUGUUUUACUUCCUAAAGAGCCUGAGUGACUAAAGACCUCCAGGACGGCCAAUGCCUGGGCACAGGAGUCAGAGGGAGCUGCACAGGCUUUACCUGAAUGCUAGUUAAAGCUAAAAAUAGCGGUUAGAAAUAUAUCCUGAGUCCUUUGCUUGUGAUAGAUGAAUCCUGAGCAAAGGAAAGCACAGAAGAGCAGUGGACCCCAAAGGUGGAGCGUUAGGGAAGCGCUAAUCCCUGCACAGCCUCGUCACCAAGAGGAUUAGGCAGCGUUCAUCUGGCCGCCGAGGGGCACGGCUGGGAAAGGGGCAGCGGGCAGGGCGGCGGGGGUCCCGCCUGCCCGCUCCCCUCUCGCCGUGCUCACGGCGAGCCGGGACAGCCCUUGACGCUCGGGAUCGCUGCUGCGGGGCGAGGGCAGCCCCGAGCUCGAGUGCGGGCCCGCGGGAGCCAUGGGCCGGCAGCACGGCCCGGCCGGGCCCCGCUGGCUGCGGCUGCUGCGCGCCGGGGGCCGCCGCUUCCUGCGGCUCUGCGGGACGGCGCUGCGGGGACUGCGGCGGCUCUGGAGCCUGGCCUGGGUCGGUACCGCACAGCCCUGCCCCGGGGAGCUGCCCAAACCUCUGCCGGCUCCACGCGGGGCGCGGGGCCGGGGCGCUGCUGGGGUGCGAUCGCUGCACCGCUGCUGUGGGGGGCUGGCUGGAGGCGGGGUGCAAUCGCUGCACCGCUGCUGCUGUGGGGGGCUGGCGGGUGUUGCAGCUGGAGCCGGGGGAGCGCCUCACCGCAACACCCGGUGCGGGAGCGGGACCCUCCUCCCCGGGCUGCUGCUUGGCUCAAGGCGCCGGGUGGGUGUGGUUGUGCCCACCGAGAGCCCUGGGGAUGCCCUGGGGACACCGCUCCGGGCCCUGCGCAGGGUGGGUGUGAGCCCUCCUCUCCCGCAGGUGCUGCUGAUGUGCUACAAGAGCUGCUGGGAUGGCGCCUUCCAGGUCACCGAGGAGGUAACUCCCGGUGGGAGAGACCGGGCUGCUCUCCACCCCCCGGGGGAGCUGAGCCCGGUGACAGCGCCUGCUGGGUGGCACCGGGGGGGCUCCCCAGGCAGGGCUGGUGCCAGGGGACAUUGGGCUCAGCUGCCCUUGGACCUGCGAGCCCCCACUAUCCGUGUUGGCUUCCAGCUCGGCACAGCUCUGCAGCUUAGACUGGAGGGGAGUGAGGAGGAGGAGGAGAAGGAUGUGGACUCCGAUUCUGCCUGGGAGCCUGGACGGACAGGGCAGUGGCACGGCGGGGCCAGCGAGGCCAUGCUGGGGAGGCUGGAGGCUCUGGAGGCCGAUGUCCGAUUCCUCUGCACCGAGCUGGGGGCUGAGAAGCUUCUGUGGAGCAGCCGGUUCCUGGAGCUGCUGCGGGAACAGCAGAGCCUGCGCCAACGGGUGAGUGCCCUGGGAUUGCCCGGGGGUGCCAGCCUGGGGGUGCCACCCCAGCCCCUCACACCCUGCUCCAGCUGCAGGAGCUGCCGUGGCGGUGGAACAGUGGGGACAGUCCCGAGCUGCUGGGGGAAGCAGAGGACCAAAGUGCCAGUGGGAGUGAGGGAGAGAGCCCAGAAGGUAGGGGCUGGGAAUUGUGGAGGGGCACAGGGAACCAGUGGCUGAGGAGGGGGCAAUGUUCUGUUAAUGGGCAGUGCGGGUAAUCCACCAGCUCCCAUCUGGGCACUGGGUGGCACUGGCAGCCUGGGGAGGUAGGUGCUGGGAAAGGCUCCCAGUUCUGUUCCCAUCAGGAGCCUGGCUGGGUGCUACCACUGCUGUCCCCUCUCUCCUUUGCUUUUUCCAGGACGCCAGUGGAUGAAGGCACCUCAGCAACCACGUGGGUCCAUCCAGCACGACAGGCAGAAAAUGUAAGUGAAGCUGUGAGCAGGGCCUCGGCAAACCAGGCAGGAUCCACACAUUCCUCCCUGCCCAGGCCAGGAGGACAUGGGCCAGGCUGCUGCAGCCCCAGCUCUAUCCCUGUAUGUGCCUCCAUCCGUCCCUUGGUGCUGGCUGGGCCCAGCCCAAACCAGCAGAGCUGCAGCCAUUCCCCAGGAGCAGGAGCCAGCUGGAGGCAGGUCAGGACAAGCCACUGGCCCUGGGUCUGUCCCAGGACAUGUCACAGCCCUCCCUGCCCAGGGCUGCCCGGGCUGACUGCGCCUGGUGAAGCCCACCAAGGAGCAUCCUCCCACUCUGCUGCUUGCUGGCAGUUCCAGGAACAAGGGUCUGAUCAGCACCAGCUUCAGUCACCUUGCACUGGGGUGAGGGAUUGCAAAACUCACCCACUGACUUCCUGAUGGGCCAGAUCCAUCCUCUCCAGCUGCUCCUGCACAUGUCGCAACCCUGGGCCGGCUCCUUGGGACAGCGGUCAAGGGCAGCCGGCUCCCAGACACGGCUGAGGGCCCUGGGCUGGCCAGAACAACUGGCCCAGGAGCCUGCAGGGCUGAGGGGCUGCCCAGUGCCCGGGCCUGGGGGCUGCACCCUGCCCCAGGCUGCCACUGCUCAAUACAGACAGCUGCUCUCCAUCGCUUGUGUCUGCCUGGUCUUUCCCCAGCAGAGCUGGGACAGCUGCACCAGUGCCCUGCAGGCCCCCAGCUCUUUGGGGAGGGGGACAGGAUGAGUUUUCACUGAAGCAGAGCAGGGGCAGCACCCACCCACAGCAGGGGCUGGGCUCCAGCAGCAGCAGGGCUGGCAGGGAUCUGUCCUCCCAACGUGCCCGUGCAGCUCCCACAUGCAGGGAACUGAUGCAACGCCAAUAGCAGCAGCCUGACUCACCCCGCAGCCAGGGACAGCCCCGUGCUGCCCAGAAAUGCCACAGAAAUCCAGGUCCUGCCACUGAGCUGGCAGGUGCCAUGGGGGCCCCAAGCUGGCACUCCUGCAGGAAUCACAGGAAUCUCCAUGCUAGGACCACGGGGACACCAGACAGUGAUGUGACAAUGUCCUGCUCCUGCUCUAGCCUCCAUUCAUCCCUCCGUGGCAAUCCUUGGGCUGGAAAUCCCCAGCCAGCCUGCAGGGACCAGGGUACAGGAGGAGGAGGGUGACAUCAAGCAGCAUCAGCUACA